CGUCCUGUCAAUGUCAUGGAACCAAGCUCGAAUUGAUCCUGGCUCCCAUCUUCACUUCAUUAACUUCAAGCUCACCAUCUUCGUUGUUUGCAUUGGUGACUGUGCUUAUUCUUUGGUAUAAGCAGUAUCAGCAACUCGCUCUUUGGCGGUUUGUGUAUCUCAUCUCUUCCACACAGCAAACACUCACCAUACAAUCACCUGCAAUGGUUCGCUCAGGUCUCGCCAAGCUUGCCCGUGUGGUGGCCAGCCGUGGCAUCCAGACGACUCGUGCCUCGCGCGCCACUCUUCCCAGCCUUUCAGCAGCUUCCACUUUCGUCCCAGCAUUGCCACGGGCCUCUGCCCUCUCCGCCCGCUUCAUUUCCAAGAGCUCGGCCACCCACCACCAGGGCAUCACCCCGGACAAUCAGGAUGUCACUCCAAAGGAGGAGACCCCGAAGCCCAUCCAGACCCCAGCUGAAAUCACAGACUCAGAGUACCAUGCCCUGGCCGAUGAGUAUAUGGACAGGCUCUUGCAUCACCUCGAGGACCUAGCCGAGAGGAGAAGUGAGAUGGAUGUUGAGUACUCUGCUGGUGUCAUGACCGUAGACUUUGGCCAAGACACCGGCACCUAUGUGAUCAACAAGCAGCCCCCCAACAAGCAAAUCUGGCUCUCGUCUCCCAUGUCGGGCCCCAAGCGUUACGAUUACGUCGUCCUUGGUGAAGGUCAACAUGAGAAGCAGGACACCGCGGCCGGAGAUUGGGUGUACCUGAGGGACGGCACCACCUUGUCCGAGCUUUUCAAAAAGGAGAUCGGUGUCGAUAUUAGUAUGUCGAUCGGUCAAUAUGGCGAACAGCCUCAUUAGCAUCGUUAGUUGGCGUGUGAGCAUUUUGACGAUUUUAUGAAUAGGGGAUGACUGCAGGCAUGUCAGCGUGUUUUGACUGGCUUUAUUCAUGUUAGCUACCUCUGGUGUUGUUGGAGCAGCAGUUAGGAUUACGAGGUAGUCAAUGUUUUGUACAAUAGUGUAUGAUAUGGCAAUUGAUGAGGGAAAUGCCCAAACCAACAGUUUCGUCCGUAGGGACAUUCAGUGCUUUGUUCAAACUCUCAAGUGCGUCAUUG